AUGAUUACAGCAAGUGUUGAGCUGACGCGAAUUGUAUCGUCGCUCACUAUCCCUGUUCGCUGUGGGCGAUUUUUGGCACCUGGGUCGUACCAUGUUCCAUUUUCUGAACGUUUCGAUGAAGAAGGCAAUCAUGAACUCCCACCUCCAACAGGACCAAAAAUAGCCGACAAGCGUCCUUUUAGAAUGAUUUGUGCACCAAAGAAGAUCUAUUGGUGGUGUUCGUGUGGUCAAAGUAAAGAGCAGCCAUUUUGUGACGGACACCAUGGAAGACUGAAUAUGUUCAAGCCAAUUAAAGUGGUUUUCGAGAAAAAAACCGAGGUUUGGUUCUGCACUUGUAAACAGACUGGCUCCGCACCCUUUUGUGAUGGAAGCCACAACUGCGAACACGUUCAGACAUCCAUCAAGUACUGA